CGCCUCCGCCCGCGCCCUUCACCGCUGCAUCGCCACGGGUCGCCGGGAGCCUCCCAGCCGCGGGAGCCCGUCCCACCAGAGCCGCCCCGCCGCGGGUCGCCGCCUCCGCCUGCGCCCUUCAACGCUGCUUUAUCCAUAGGAACUGGAGUUCAAGAAGCAACACUACUGAGCUUGAUUUCUCCUGUGACCAUUGCAAAGAGUAUGAUGCGCAAGAGAGUUGAUGCUCGCCGCGUUCCAACUCUGAGGGAUGUGCAUCCACACGAAAUGGAGUUUAUGUCUCAGAGUAUACCACAAAUUCCACAUUGAACGAAUUGGCUUUGGGAGGAAGAGACUAAACUUGGUCGUGUUGGACACAGAGUUUAUGCCUGCUAGGUCAUUUAUGGAGAGUGAUGUACAUGCAGAUAAUACAAGGGUGCAUUUCUCUUACUGUCAAGAAGAAGAUUUAGGUGGAAUUCUGUUCACCGAACAAAUCUUCCUUUUGGCGAUUGGAGACAAGGAGUUGAGUGGAAGGUUUUGGUUCGGCAGAUUGUUCUUCACUAUAUUAGUGAGUGCCUACCUCUUUCAUAGUAAGCUUAAUUUACACAUACAUAAUUCGGUGCGUAGGCUGACUUGGACUCUAGCCUAAUUCACAUAUAUACUAUGUGUCCAUAUAUAUCCGCUUGUGGACAAUAUACAACAUGUUUUGUGUCCAAAUCCGCUUGCAGAUAAUAUAUAACAUGAUCUGUUACUCACUUUUCAGUUACAUUACAAGAAUAGUUGCGAAGGCCAUCCAGUUUGUUACAUGGUUUUCUAAUUAUUUAUUUUGCAGUAUUAUUUUUUGUUACAGGGAUAGGAAGAAUAAGGAAUGUAUGUUGCAAGGUGUUUUGCUACAUGUUAUAUUAUCCUCUGUAUUUUGGCUCAAAUGUCCAAAAAUUAAUGUAGAGCAUAAUUGAUGAGAAUUAGCAGCAUGGCAAUCCGAUCCACUUGAAAUAAGCAUCAUUCAUUCACAAAAGAUCAACUUGGCUUGCCAUUUAUGUCCUCAAAAUUAUGAAAAUAUAUGAAACUGACCCAAAAGCAAAUGAAUGUUAAACAAAGUUUAAGUAGUACUUUGAGAAUCCAAUGUGCAACUACUUUAUGCAAUGCAGAUUUCAGAUUUGAUUUUGAUGUUGAAUCUCAACUUAUAUUUCAGUGUCAGAUUUCGUCAUCAAAAUAGUCUUCUGCGGAGAAAUGGCACAAUCUUCUCAUGCCAUUUCGUGGGAGUAACACAACUGCACAAGUAGCAUAGAUGCAGCGAGGCCACUCUAUGACGGAGUGGAGCGGAACACUGGAUCGGUUCAAUAAAUUGAAGAUUAAAGAGUGCAUGAUAGCAUGAUAUAACUCAUGUCCAUGGUAGGUAAACCUUCUGAUUGCAUGGUUUUCUUUAAGUGACCCACUAGAUAAGAUUUGAUUAUUUCAACCUUGAACCGGUGGGUUUCUACGGAACUAUGUAUGAUUUAAACAAUGGUUGAAAUUAUUUAUCUGAGUUUGUUUCAAACAAAUAAAUUUGUAUUGGAAGACAAUUU